UAUCCAUUUAAAGACACGGCUCGAUUUAAUUCCUACACUUUCGUUUCUCGGCAGCAUUUAAAAGCAUCGCAUACGAUCUUGGUGGAAUCCAACAAACGUUAUCAUGCCCAGCGAAAAAACUUCACAAACCACUGAGGACGACUUUCUGCCUCGCAUGGCACCACUCAGUGUGCCGUGGAAACGUCGGCUUCAAACUGCAGCAGUACUCUUUUGGGGAAUCGAGCCAGCCCUUUUCUUUUGCAUAUUCCUAUUCCUCGCAGCAAUUCCAGUGUUCUGGCCUUUAGCUAUUGCCUAUGUUAUCUGGCUGUGGAUGGACCAAGCUCCUAUACGAGGUGGCCGGAGAAGAGAGUUGGCUCGAACCUGGUCAUAUUGGCGUUAUUUUGCUGACUAUUUCCCUGCAAUUAUCACCAAGGAGGCCGACUUGGAUCCUAGCAGAAACUAUUUGUUUGGGUAAUUUGCUUUUUUAAGCUACCAUCCCCACGGAAUCAUUUCCGUCGGUGCUAUCGUCACGUUUGCCAGUGAAGGCAACGGAUUUAGCAAGCACUUUCCCGGUAUAACGCCGUCAUUGAUGACGU